AUGAGUGUCUGUUCUGAAAAAAUUAUCAUGAUGCAGUGGAACUUUAUUUACUUAUUUCUAUGUUAUUAUUUAAUGUUUGUUAUUGUAAAUAUAACAAAUUCAUUAACAAUUAAUGAAUAUUCUAUAGAUUACGAACGAACAUUACUGUGUUAUUCUUGUCAUGGAGAAGAUUGUAAGAGUGUUACAUCUGAUAGUUCUCAAACACUCUGUAAUAUUGAUCGUCAAUUAUGUUGGGCUGGUUAUAUAAAUAAUCAAUUUCAUCGAACAUGUUCAAGUCGUUACUGUACACCAUCAGAUAUUUCAUUGGAUGAUGAUGUUAGAAUUGAAACAUGCUUACCAACACGAGACAACAUUAUGCCAUUUCUUAAAAUAAAACCAACUAAAACUAUUUCAGCCAUCAUUACAACUACUAGCAUCUCUAAAACUACGUCGUCAAAUAAAUCUAGUACAAACGUUACAAAAUCAUCACCAUCUUCUUUCAUAGAUGAUUUUGUUGAAGAUGAAGAGUUAAAUGAUUCAGAAAUAUUUCAAAAUACACGAGAUAAAAAUUGGAAUGUCAGUGAUCCAUCAACAUUUGAUAUUUCUUGGAAACGUACAUCAUACGAUGACAGUAGUGCAACAACAAACUAUCGACAAUCAAUCAACUUCAUUAUUAUAGUAAUAUGCUCUUUAUUUACGAUGGUAGUAUUGUAG